UAAAUCCUAAUACCUCAGAAUCUAGAACCACAAAAACCAAAAGCGAAAUCAUUCUAUCUCUCUCUAAACCCUUUCGAAACCCUAAUCUAACCCACCAUCCUUCUCUUCCUCGAUUCGCUUCUUCACUUCAGAUUAACCAGCUCCACUCUGCUACUGGUGGUUCUCUUCAAUACCCAUACAUCUUUUUAUGGCUGAUGAAAAUCCGAGCUUUGGUGCACAUGAUGGGGAUCACUUACCCGAGUCUGAGGUUGUGACUCAGCCUGAGACUGAGAAUGCAGAGGCCGAGGCUGAGGCUGAGGUGCUAGCCAUGGCGGAGGCUCAGGCAAUGACAGGAGAGGCACAAGUUAUUGCAGACGCUCAGGCAAUGGCAGCAGAGGCUCAAGAAAUGGAAGCAGAGGCUCGGGCCAGGGCACAGGCUCAUGCAAUGGCAGCAGAGGCUCAAGCCAUACUUGAGGCACAGGCUGAGGCAGAGGGACAGGUUGAGCUGGUUGGGCAGCUACAAGAGGAGGAGUUACUGCCUGAACAUGACCAAGAGCGUCAUGAAGAUGCUGGGGGUGUGGAAGGUGAGAAGAAGUGGCCUGGAUGGCCUGGUGAGAGUGUUUUCCGGAUGUUGGUUCCUGCUCAGAAGGUGGGUAGUAUAAUUGGACGCAAAGGGGAGUUCAUUAAAAAAAUAGUGGAGGAGACGCGAGCUCGCAUUAAAAUCCUUGAUGGUCCUCCAGGAACAACUGAAAGAGCUGUAAUGGUUUCCGGCAAGGAGGAGCCUGAUUCUUCCCUCCCUCCUGCAAUUGAUGGCCUUUUGAGAGUUCAUGCACGCAUUGUUGAUGGUUUGGAUGCUGAUUCUUCUCAAGCUCCCCCAGGCAUGGGUGGUAAAGUUUCGACAAGGAUGCUGGUUCCAGCCUCACAGGCUGGUAGCUUGAUUGGAAAACAGGGAGGAACUGUUAAAUCCAUUCAAGAGGCAUCUAACUGUAUAGUUAGAGUUCUUGGAUCAGAGGACCUACCGGUUUUUGCUCUUUCAGAUGACAGAGUUGUUGAAGUAGUGGGCGAGCCAGUUGGUGUCCACAAAGGAAUUGAACUAAUUGCAUCUCACCUCAGGAAGUUUUUAGUUGACCGCAGUAUAAUUCCAGUAUUUGAAAUGCAUAUGCAGGCAAAUCCUCCCAUGGAGCACAUUCCCCCUCAUCAAUCAUGGGGUCCACCUCAAGGUAUUCCACACAAUGCUGGUGGGGGUCCUGGAUAUGGGCCACCUAAUCCCCAGUACAUACCAUCUUCUCGGCAGCAAUUUGACAACUACUAUCCACCAGCUGACUUGCCCCCGCCUAUGGAGAAACAGCCGCAUCAUGGCAUAUCAGCUUAUGGACGAGAAGCUCCUAUGGGUGUUCAUACAUCAUCAAAUGCUCAAUCAGCACCAUCAAUGGUCUCACAGCUCACACAUCAAAUGCAAAUUCCAUUGUCAUAUGCUGAUGCUGUUAUUGGCACAGCGGGUGCAAGUAUAAGCUAUAUUCGUCGGGCUAGUGGGGCAACUGUUACAAUACAAGAGACGAGGGGUGUUCCUGGGGAGAUGACUGUUGAAAUAAGUGGAAGUGCUUCCCAAGUCCAAGCAGCUGAGCAACUGAUACAGAACUUCAUGGUCGAGGCUGGAGCACCACAACAGCCACAAGCUGCUGCCCCUGUGGAUCAGGGUUAUAAUUCCUAUCCAGCUCAUGGUUCCGUGUAUGCAUCUCCCCCAUCCAACCAAGGUCACCAAGGCCAUACUGGCGGCUAUGGCUCAGUCUAUGGCCAACACUAUGGUUACUAGCUCAAUAGGGAAUAUCAAUUUGGUUUGUCAAAGUUGAGACUAGUUGUAAUCGUUGUGAACUUGGUAAUCACCAAGUAGUUUCUCGAUAGGGCAGCUGUAUUGUUAUACUAUCCGUUUCUCCUUUUUGAAACCUUUGAUUUAGAAACAGUCAAAAUGUCAGAAUUGAUGUGUUCAUUAAGCUAACAAGAGGAUUGAACCAA